AUGGGUAAUUUCUUCAGCUCUAUGUUCGACCGCUUGUGGGGCGUGAAUAAGGAACUGCGGAUCCUUAUUCUUGGUCUAGAUGGUGCUGGUAAGACAACAAUUCUUUACCGCUUACAAAUCGGUGAGGUGGUAACUACUAAACCUACCAUAGGUUUCAACGUCGAGACGCUAGUUUAUAAGAAUUUAAAGCUUAACGUGUGGGAUCUCGGUGGACAAACGAGUAUUCGUCCUUACUGGCGAUGCUAUUAUUCAAAUACCGCAGCGGUCAUAUUUGUAGUCGAUUCAACAGACAAAGAUCGGAUUGCCACAGCUUCAAAAGAACUGCAUAUGAUGCUACAGGAAGAAGAAUUGCAAGAUGCGGCACUGCUAGUGUUUGCGAAUAAGCAAGAUCAACCCGGUGCAUUGAGUGCAUCUGAAGUGUCGAAGCAACUGAACCUCGUGGAGCUCAAGGAUAGAAGUUGGAGUAUUGUUGCCUCGAGCGCUAUUAAAGGCGAAGGUAUCAGCGAAGGCCUGGAUUGGCUGAUUGACGUGAUCAAAGAGGAGCAAUUGUAA